AUUUGGACCCUAAAAAUAAAAUAAAUUAAAAAGAAAGGGGAAAACUCUUCAGUUCAUCGGCAGCGUGUAAGUUAGCAUUUCUUACCCUAACACUCCACUAUCAAGUCUGCGUUUCUCUCAGAUUCUCACUCUUAGUUUACGGGAUUCGACCUAGUGGAUUCAAAGAUGGCGAGCGCUGUAGAUGCUGCAGGAGAUCCAAUUCCUACAUCGGCGGUGCUAAUGUCCUCCUCAAAGCACAUUGCGAUCAAGUGUCGGUCGGAGAAUGUGGCAUACCUCCAGUGCAAACAGAAGGAUCCCAACCCGGAGAAAUGCCUGGACAAAGGCCAUCAAGUCACUCGAUGCGUCCUCUCCCUGCUUAAAGAUCUUCAUCAAAGGUGCACGAAAGAGAUGGAUGCGUAUGUCGGGUGUAUGUACUACCAUACUAAUGAGUUCGAUUUAUGUCGCAAAGAGCAGGAAGCAUUUGAGAAAGGUUGUCCCUUGGAAUGAUCUUCUUCAUUUAUGUAAACUGUUUCCAAUAAAAUUUUCUUGUUUGCAAAAUGAGCAAGUACUGUUGUUAUUCCCUUUCCCUCUCUGAGUUAACCUUAUUUUCUUUAAACAAUGCGCUCCUUUGUGUAUGUCUCGGAUUGCGAACCCGAUACAUUGUUGCAAACAAAAGAUAAACCAAUCUUUUUGCCAUCCCCUUCUCUGA